AUGGCAGCCCUGUCCCUUGCCACCGCGCGGGUGCCUGCAUAUGGCCGGCAUGGCUCGCUCGCCCAAGGCUCUCAGAAGUGUGCACGUACCAUCCCCAGCGUAUUCCAAGCGGGCCGCCGCGCGCACCGUGCGGGAGGGGACAGGCGCUCCUCCCAGAGGAUAUCUGCCCAGGCUCCGACGGAUGUAGGCCUCCCGCCCGAGUUCAAGACCGCCAUCGACGCCUUUGUCACGGAGAACCCGGUGGUGGCCUUCAUCAAGGGCACCAAGGAGAUGCCGCAGUGCGGCUUCUCCAACACCGUUGUGCAGAUCCUCAACACGACGGGGGUUCCCUACACCACAGUCAACAUCCUGGAGAAUGACAUGCUGAGAUCCGGUAUGAAGGCCUACUCCUCCUGGCCCACCUUUCCGCAAAUCUACAUCGGCGGGGAGUUUUUUGGCGGCUGCGACAUCAUGAUCGAGGCGUACACCAAGGGGGAGUUGAACGAGGCACUGGAGGCAGCCCUGAACGCAUGA